AAAAAGCCCAUUCUGUUAACACAUAAAAAAUUCAGAACACAUCUUCAAUUUUUUUUCUUAUUGGCAAAAAUGGGCAACAAAACUAGGAGAAAGCACAGAGACGACACAUCCACUUCAUCAUCGUAUUCUGAUGACGAUGAGUCAUCGGAAACCUCUGUCGACAGACGCCGGCGGAGCCGGAAGAACCGGAAAAGCAGUGAAGGGAGCUCAAAGAGAGAGAAAGAGAAGAAGAGAGGGCAAAGAAGAAAGAGAAAGGAAAGGGAUAGAGAUAGAGAUAGAAAUAAAGAUAGAGAUAGGAAGAAAGGAAAAUCAAAAAAGAGGAGAGAUUAUUACGAUUCAGAAUCCGGGUCCAGUUCGGAUUCCGGGUCUGUGUCUGAGACUAUUAAUCCAGAAGAUGUGGUGAGAGAUAUGUUAAAGGAGUUUCCUAAUGUUGGAAGUGAUUUAAAGCAGCUACUGGAAAUGAUUGAUGAUGGACAAGCUGUUGACAUAAAGGGUAUAUCUGAAAGGUCUUUAAUUAAGCAUUUGAAGAAGCUUUUUGUCUCUUUAAAUCUUAAAGAAAAUGGAGAUAGAGUGUUUUUGUUGCCUUCAAAUCAUUGUCCUACUUUGGAGGUUGUUGGACAUUUGAUUAAUUCUCAUUUAGAACCUAAAGAGCAAAAACGGCUUAAUGAUGUAAAUUCAGUACCACCAGCUGUAGAGAGUAAAAAACUUUCAGAUGAUAAUAAUGACUUGCCAAUGGCUUCUCCAGGAGAUGAUCUUUCUGGUCCAAAAAGAAGGAUGAUGGGUCCUGAAAUGCCUUCAGCUGAGUUACUUGCUGCUGCAGCUAAAUUAACGGAAGCACAAGCUGAGCUAAGAGAAGUUGAGUUGGAGGAAGAUACUGAACUUUUUAUAGGACCUCCCCCACCUGCUAUGGUUGCUGAAGCUGAAUCAGCAAAUGAAGCAGAGCGUUUUGAAGAGGUUACCAGAAUAAUGGCUGUUGAAGAUGAUUCUCCAUAUGAUGUUGUCGGAGUUAACCACAAUAUGUCUGCUGAGAAUAUAAAGAAGAGGUACUGGAAGAUGUCUCUUCUGGUACAUCCAGACAAAUGUUCUCAUCCUCAAGCGCACCAAGCAUUUAUCAAAUUGAAUAAAGCAUUUAAAGAGUUACAAGAUCCAGACAAGCGAAAAUUGUUGGAUGAACAAAUUAAACUCAAGGAGGAACAAGAAGCAUUUAAGGUUGAGUUGAAAGCUAUGCGUGAAGCUGCUCAAUGGAGAAGAUUGCAAGGUAUAUCAAUGGAGGGUGAUGAUGAGCUCCUGGCAGAAAUGGAAGUUAAAGUAGCCCCCCAAAGAGAUGAAUGGAUGACGACACUGCCCCCUGAGAGAAAACCAGGAAUGACCAUGCAAUCGACGACGAGAUUCGGUAAGUGCUCUAAAGAAGGACGUGGCGACACUAGUGUUUGGACAGAUACCCCUUCAGACAGAGCCCAAAAGGCAAAGAUGAAUUACUUGGAAGCAUAUAAUGAGGCUGCAGCACUUGUUUCAAAUGAAGAGGAAAAGACAAAGAUGAGUGCAGAUGCAGAUUUGGUAGAUAAAUACAAUAAAGCAAAACGUUCAAAAUCGUUGGUACAGAAGCAUCAAGAAGAGGCUGUGAAUCGGUCAAAGAAAAAAUCCAAGCAGCAGCAGCCUCAAAAAGAAGAGUGGGUAGGGCAACACCCAUGGAAGCCAUGGGAUCGUGAGAAGGACCUUGUAGCAGGAAGGCAGAAUAUAAAAUUUGAUUCAGAUAACAUGGCACAGGGUUUGUCUUCCAGGUUUUCAUCAGGAAAUUUUCAGAGGAACUUUCUUUAGCAACCGCUUAUACGGGGAAAAUAUAGUUGCAUGCUCUAUCUUGUAGGAUCAGGAUCUUUAUCAUGUUCAAUCUGAACACGAUUGUUUGUAAUCUCCAUCUUUUUUUAUUUUAAAUUGAAUGGUUGGAAAUUUUAAUGGUAAUCUCCGUCUUUAAAUUGAA